AUGUAUACAGAAAAAGGGCUUUUAAAGCAGGCGACCUUUUACUCUAAAAAGAAUAGCAAAUAUAGCUUAAAUUUUGUGGACAACAAAUGUUAUGCUUCUAAACAAGUCAAAAAGCGUCGUGAUUUUGAAAUAAAAAUGAGCCCUAGAGAGUCAAUGAUUGGAACAGAAAGUUCAAACAGAAUGGCAAUGACAGCCAAGGGAAAACAGAAUUUUAACAAUACUUUCUUCAACACUACAAUAAACAAGGUUACUCCAAAGAAGCGAAUAAUGCGGAAUAUGUAUAUGACCUACGCUCAGAGGCCGACUUCUGAAGAUCUUUCAGUCCCUACAAAUUUGAAAUAAAGUUUCAUUCAUCAGUAACUUUCAGAAAUGAUUUAAGCCUGAAAUAAAUAAUAUGAAGAAUUUAAAAUUGAAUACUACAAUGUUGCAAAGAAGAACUCAGAACAAAAUGAUAGACAUAGAAUUAGGUGAGCCUCGAGAGCUUAGUCCAGAGAUCAAAGUCUCAAGGAACAUGAAACGACUGAUGAGCAAUUUUACUGAGAAUAGAAACCCUUUGGAUAUGAACAACUUUAUCAAAAUGGUGAAUGACCAGAAUAUUUCUUACCUAAUCAACCGUAACCAGAAGUACAAAAGAACUAACAUUAUUGCUCAAAAGAGCCAUAAAUUUCCAAAGAAUAGCAAUAGAGCAAAGUUGUUGAAAUAAGGACUACACAACAAACACCCAGACUAGUGAAGUUCUUGUGUCAAGGAACCAUAAGUUAGAGUCAGCUUUUUCUAAAAGCAAGCAACAAGACAUAAACCCCUUGCUGUUCUAUAAGCAAAAUGUGUAUUCCCCAGCGAAAGUAGAGAACACUGAGAAGAUUAACCUUGGAUACAGAGGAAACCAUCGAUUUGUUAGAGCAUUUAAAGACAAUCCUCUUAUCUUCAAGAAAACCAAAGGGAUGUGUGGAGAGCAAGCAAAGUAUGCAUACAGAACAAGGGUCUUAUCGCUUAAUAGAUAAUACUCAGCAUCUUAUUUUGGAGUAUCACUUUAAGUCAUG